UUUAGUUUCGUAUAUGUUUUGCAAGUGUUUAGUAUCCGUCUCAAAAAUAGCAAACUGAAAAGAAAAAAUUCAAUUAAAUGGAGGAUUGUCGUACACCGACCUUAGCAGCUCCUAGGGAGUUUAUCUUCAAUGUCACUCCGACUAUGAUCAACAAUAAUGCAACGUCCUGCUUUCAAGAAGUGCAAGCCAGAAUGACAAAUUUGCGUUCCUAUACUCCAAUACAUUCGGAUGUGCAUUCGCCGGCCAUAUCGCCCAUUUUCAAAUUGGCAACAUCGCUAUCAAGUCCAGUUACCACACACCACAGUUCAUCGUUGCAGGAGUUUAAGAAGCCAACUCUGAUAAGCAAACCGGUGGUCAGCUAUACGCCAACGCCAUCAUUUGUCGAGAGUAGUAAAAGGCGUUACCUUAGUCCUUGUCCCUCUUUUGUGGGGGCAUGUAAUUUCUCAGCAUCGCGAACGCCUUCCCCAACAUCGAUUAGCGUUUCGGAGUACAGCAACAGCGGUGAUGUGAUAAGCCCCCACUCAUGCAAUGAGUCGACUUCUUCCAUACUGAAUCACACCAUAACUAUAGGGCUGCUGUUGAAAACCCUGGGCCUGGAGCAGUACUGUGAGCAUUUCGAGAAUGCUGGCAUCGAUUGCAAUGACCUGAUGAAUAUCAAAAUGACCGAUCUGAAAGGCAUUGGCAUACAAUCCGAUGAUUGUGAACGUAUUAUGGAAAUGUUUGAAAAUUUCUACAAUGCCUAAAAACCAAUGCAAGAAAAGAAAAAACAAAAAAAAAAAAAAUUCCGGUUAAGAAAAAAGUCAAAAUGGCGAUGUGCUGGUUUAGUAUAAAAGUGCAGGUGUCUUCAUACAAAUGUAGUCUUAACUAUUUAUUGUCUUAAUUUAUCGUCUUUUUUUUUAAAUUCUAAAUAGAAAAGUUUCGAAAAUAAACUGUUUAUUUAUUUU